AUGAUGAGCGGCGGUUCCGGUGAUCAUCAGCGGCAGCGCAACUUGAGCAAAACCGUCUCACUAUCAAGGAGCGUGGUGCUCACCCAAGAUACCUGCAUACCCAGCGUGCUCAUCUUGGGCAAGCUUCUCCGCGUCUCCUCGGAUGGUGCCAGCGGCAGCGCCAGCGGUGUAGACGACAUGGGCUUGGUUCGCACCAGGCUUCUUCGAGACUGGGCUGCUGCAUCAGGCACCGUCAACUUGUGGCCAGUCACGGCGGACGGUGCCUUCCUAGUCCAGUUCCAGCAAGAGGCAGAUCUAACAAGGGUCAUGGACGGCGCGCCGUGGUGCUGCGACGGCGGCCUCCUUUUCCUCAUGCGCCAAGCCAAGCCGGAGGUGAACCUGGUCGACCAGCUCGCCGGAGUCGGCUUCACCACCGCCGACCUGUGGGUGCAGUUCCACAGCGUCCCCGUCGAAUACUUCAACACGGCUUCUCUCUGCGCCCUCGCGACGCGCAUCGGAGUCCCAGUUGUGUUGCCCGACCUCGGCACGGCGCCAGUCGACCUACUGCGUGCCCGUAUCCAGGUCGACAUCACGGCGCCGCUCGUCCACUCCAUCCCCGUCGACCUGGACGACGGAAGGAGCGAGCUGGUGUCCGUGGUGUACGAGGGAAUCCCCAGCUUGUGCCGCUCCUGUGGGAUCAUCGCCCAUCCGGCGGGCCGCUGUUGUCCCAAGGUAAACCUGCAGACUGCCGCGGCCUCAUCACGUUCACGAGGAGACAAAGCUGCCGGCUAUGUUCGGAGCCGCCUCGGCUCAGGAACAUCGUCGUCGUCGAGAGAAGAGCAUCAGCCACUCCUUGGCAAAGAGAAAGAUGAUCAUCCCAUUUCGACUUCCACCGGCUGCUCUUCUGCUUCUGCCACCGCCGGGUCUGGAUCUGCUAUGCUUCUGCCGCAGCCAAAGCCAGGGGAGCCCUCUGCUGACGCGGAUCAUCUGCUGGUGCCGGAAACACCAGGUCCACAGCACCACGUCUCGGUCAACCGCUGCAUGCCAUGUAAUUUCCGCAACCUCAUCUUCCGCAAGAAGAGAAAGGAGCUUGUCCGAGAGGACAAGGCCAGUCAUGGUGGAGUUAACAACUUGCAACAUAUGCCGACGACGAAUCACAACCACCAGACGUUACUACUAACCUUCUCAGCACCGAAUGUUCAGGAGUCUUUGACAAUGAUGGAGCAGCAAGAGACAAGUCCAGACAGGCGUGCACUAAGUACGCUCACAAGCUUCCAGCUUGCCGGUGGUUACGUCAGCUAUUAUCCGUACUCAGGGUCGAGAAGGAACCCGAGGAUAGAAGUCAAGGUGGAAACGCAGUGCUCAUCACACCUAAUGAAUAAGUCCAUGAAAUGGCUUGCUGAAAAUACAGGUUUAAAGGCUUCGUUUGAUGGCAAGAGAGGCGUAGUUAGUAUUGUUGGUCUGCAAGUCGAUCAAAGGAUGGGCCCGCUUGAUCUAGUGGCGUAUCUCUACCAUGAGGCCGGCCCAAAGAGCGGAGUUUCAGAGUCCCCGAAAAAGCCUGACAGCCCAGCGAGAUUUGAAGAUCUGAUGAAAAGCCUUCUUGACGAGAACGGCUGCAGCAAGGGCGCCUCCAGCUCCACACGAUUUAGUUUUGGCUAA